UUCAUCAUUGUUGUUUAAUUACUGAAAUGUUAUAAUAAAAAAUAAUAUUACAUACAGUAAAGCCGUUUCCUUACGUAAACUUAGUCACUGUAAAUAAACAAGUAAGAAAAUGUAAAAUAUUAAUGAUCAUUAUUGCAAAUCGUGUGUACCGUGUGUCUAGUACCUGCUAUCGGCUAUUAUAUAUAUUUUUUAAUAACAAUAUUGCGGUUCACACCGAAAACCAUCUCCACCAUGAGUAAUAAUCGUACAUCGUCUAAAGAAAAAGAUCCAGUAGUGUUGAGUUACGAGAAUUUUCUCCUACACGAAUCCGACGUCCGUCUGCUCGUCGACGACCAAUGGCUAAACGAUUCCGUCAUCGGUUUCUACAUGGAAUACCUGAACACCGAAGUAUUCAAGAACAAUCCAAAGGUGUAUUUUAUUAGCCCGGAAAUUGUACAAUGCAUAAAGGAGUGCAAUGUAGAUGACAUAGCCGUAUUUCUUGACCCACUGGUCAAAGACAAAAACUAUUCAUACAUUUUCUUCCCUCUUAACGACCAGGAACAAUUGCAAACGGUCGGUGGUACUCACUGGUCACUAGUAGUGUAUGGGGCGCAAGACAGACGGCUGUUUCACAUGGAUUCGAUAUUUGAUUCCAAUGAAAAACAAGCAAGAAAAUUAGCGCUAAAACUGAAGUUUUAUUUUAAAGACAUUGUUGACAUCAUCACACCGUUGGUGACCAGACAGCAACAGAAUAGUUAUGACUGUGGAAUACAUUUGAUAUGCAAUGCAGAAAACGUUGCACAAUAUGUUUGCGCUAAUUUAGACAUACGUGAAGUAGAUCCAGUGGAUGUGGACGAUCUACAAAAUAAACGUACUAGUUUAGUCGAUCUGAUUUAUAAACUAGCAAGAAGAAAUGAAAUUACCUAAGAGCUUGGGUCGUGUUAAAAUAUUGUUUUAAUAUAUUAUUAUUACUGAUGUAUA